UUAGCAUACUAGUGACUGCUCAAUAUCAGACGAUGAGCUAAUCGCUACCAGCUGCAGUAACUUUACAGUUUCAGCAGGAAAAAAGAAAGUAGCGGACGUCGUUGCAGCUUCAGGUACCUUUGUGAACGUUGGAGAAAGGUAGCGGCCGCCAGUUUUAACAGUUUCAUCGAAAUUCAUCACCAACUUCUAAAGAGAGUACAUGUACACUGUCCAGCGUUACACAAAUCGGAAGGCAUGGGUAUUCUGGAAAAAAUAGCGGAAAUUGAGCGGGAGAUAGCGAGGACUCAAAAAAACAAAGCUACAGAGUACCACCUCGGUCUGCUGAAAGCAAAACUAGCAAAGUAUCGACAACAGUUGUUGGAACCAACAACAAAGGCAGGAGCAAAAGGAGAAGGCUUUGAUGUGAUGAAAUCUGGUGAUGCCAGGGUGGCUCUGAUUGGUUUUCCAUCAGUUGGUAAAUCCACACUGCUUAACACUCUCACAGCCACCCACAGUGAGUCUGCUUCCUACGAGUUCACCACCCUGACAUGUAUACCAGGAGUCAUACAGUAUAAUGGUGCCAACAUCCAGCUUCUAGAUCUGCCAGGGAUUAUUGAGGGUGCUUCCCAAGGUAAAGGUCGUGGCCGGCAGGUCAUAGCAGUGGCUCGUACAGCUGAUCUCGUCAUCAUUAUGUUGGAUGCCAUGAAAGGUGAUGUACAAAGGUCUCUACUGGAAAAGGAACUAGAGAGUGUUGGCAUCAGAUUGAACAAGAAGAGACCAAACAUCUAUUUUAAGUUGAAGAAAGGAGGAGGGGUAUCCUUUAACUCCAUGUGCCCCCUCACACAUUGCAGUGAGAAGCUGGUACAGAUGAUUCUACAUGAGUACAAGAUUUUUAACUGUGAGGUCUUGUUUCGAGAAGACUGCACUGCCGAUGAGUUUAUUGAUGUCAUCUGUGGGAAUAGAGUCUACCUUCCGUGCCUUUAUGUCUACAACAAGAUCGAUCAAAUAUCUAUAGAAGAAGUAGACAGAAUUGCGCACCAGCCAUAUUCUGUUGUAAUAAGCUGUGAGAUGAAGCUGAAUCUGGACUACCUGCUGGAGAAGGUGUGGGAACAUCUGGCACUCAUCAUCGUCUAUACCAAGAGAAGGGGAUGUUCCCCUGACUUUGGUGAUGGCAUCAUCAUGAGGAGAAGCUGCUCUGUGGAGCACGUGUGUCACUCCAUACACAGACAGUUGAAGUCUCAGUUCAAAUAUGCACUUGUGUGGGGCACUAGUGUGAAGUACAGCCCCCAGAGAGUUGGUCUGCAGCAUGUCAUGUGCCAUGAAGAUGUCAUCCAAGUCAUGAAGAAAUGAUGGCCACUGGACACUGUGAUGUUCUGCAUGUUUUUUCAGCAUAAAAACAUUUAUUACCUUAGCUUUAUGCUAUUGUGACUUGAUUAUACCUUUUGAUGAUCUGUUUUUUCAACUUUUUCCCCUGAAAGUAGCAUGGAAAACUUUGACAUUUUGAUGAAAGUAGGAAGCGAGGUAAGAACCUUGGUUAAUGUCUGGAGCUGCCAGGAAAGUUUCUAAGAUGUGUAGUCACGUACAAUUGCAUUAUAUUAAUAUUAUGAUGAUCUGGUGGAUCAUGUUUGGGCCUAAAUUUGAAAAAUUGCAGCUUUUGUUGUGUUUCUUUUGUUUUGCCCAGCGGAGGAUGUUUUUCAAAUUUGUUUUCACUUUCAUCUGGAAGUCACAGGCACUAUUACUAGGCUAAAUGCCCUCAGGCCUUUUGUUUAUGUCAGGCCUUUUUUCAUGUCAGGCAUUUUUUUUUUCAUUUUGUUCCUUUGGAUUUUUGGGAUUUUCUGUCCAAAGAUUUUAUGUAUUAAGAUUAAGAUUAAAAGCUGAGUUCACACAUUUUAUAGAAAACCCAAGCAAAAAUAAACUUUGUAUAUUCACUGUAUACAAAUGGAUAUACGGUAACUGGUACUAAAUAAGUCAGAGGUGCAUUACAGACAGAAAACCUGUGUUUGCAAUGUUUUUGUGGAGAGGUCACCAUGAAAAAUGCAAACAUAAACAUCUGCAAAUAUUUGAAAUUAACAGUAAAUGAAGGCAGAAAACCAGUACUUGGCUGCUUUAUACUUCAUAGAUCAUAGAUUAGUUACUAUAUAUAUGAUGUUUGGAGUUCCAGUUGAAUAAAUGUAUAAUUAAGUUUCACAUGUCAACAUGCAACACCCCUCAAUACAUGUAUUCUUACCUUUGCCAUGUUCUGAUUCCAUAGUAGUAAAUCACUAAAUGACAGGAAUUUGAUACCUGCGACAGUUGGAAGAUAAUUCACAUCGAACAACAGCAAACAUAAGCGAUGCUAAUUCAGGCUCAAACAGCACAACCUGGAACUUGCCAUGCUAAUGGUUGAAUUAUACAUUUUGCAUUCGAUAGAGUACAAAGGGUGACAUACACAUGUAUACUCAAAAUGCUUAAUUAACUAGAUAUGCUAGAUUUGAUACCAAUAAGUGCAGGACCACUAUAGGACAUGUAUUCCUCAUUCAUGUACUAUGUUAUUAUUGGGGGUCCCAGUAAUAUCUUCAGUGGUACAAAAUCUGCUGUAGAUAUUUUUUCACCAAAUAAGCAUGUUCACCGUUCCGCUUGCAGCAACAGAAAUUGUUGGUCAUGUCAAACUCAAUAGAUCUUGUCUUGACCAUUGGCUUGAUUUGUACAACAAUGUCCAGGGGCCUAAACCUUUGACAUAAUACCCACAAUUCCUAUUGCUGCACAUGCAUGGGAACGCAGAUUCUGUAAACGUGCAUAUAGGUUGUCACUCCACACUAUGCAGAUACAAAAUAUAACUGGCUUUCAUAGAA